AAUCUCAUCAAUAUCUCUUGUCCGGGUCCCACUCUAAUUUCCAUCGAACUUGAGCUUCCUCUUCUCUUUUUCUCCUUCUUCUUCUUUUUUUCUUUUUUACUCUGUUCUAAGCUUACAGAAAAGAAAGUAUUUUCUUUGCAAACCGUGAAAGUUAUUAUAUUCGAUCCGAGAACCUGAAACUUCGAGGUCUUUUUUUUUGUUAAAAAAUAUUUAAAUGAUGGUAUUUGUGGGACAAUAAUUGUCAUCGCCGAAUCGAAUCGUGGUGUGUGUAAAGUGAUUUCUUGUUUCAUAUCGUAAUGAAUUUUUGAAGACGAAGAAAUCAAAAUUUGAGGCUGAAAACUGGAAAAGAGAACUCUCGUAUGAAAGAGGUGGUUAAAACUACCUUCUCUUGUUAUUUCCCAUACAUUUUGGUUAUUUGCUAGUUUACACCCAAAUUUCAGCUGGCUUUGGAUAUGACUUAUUUAUAGCACUUUUCUGGGUGUCCUAUCUGAGAGUUUGAUUACAGAGUAGUUGGUGUAAUAUGUAAGACUUUUUUUGUUAUUUACUAGGUUUUAGGGGUUUAAACUAUUUCUGAAUCCGAGGAAAAGGACGUGUAAGGCAAUUAUCUUGAUGAAGUUAGUAGCAUUGAAUACUGCUGUGCACUAAAGGAGAGAAGAAUAUGCUCCCAAAUUGGAAGAAACCCCACAUUGGAUUGAUGCUUCAAUAUUUAGUUGAAAUAUUGUUUUUGAUAAUUGGGAUAUCUAGGAGUAAAGAGGGUGGUAAUUGUAUGCUAUAAAAUGAAACAAUGGAGCACCCUUUGGAGAAGCGAUAUCCAGUCAGCGCACAAGAUUACAAGUUAUACGAAGAAGUUGGAGACGGUGUCAGUACCACUGUGUUUAGAGCUUUAUGCAUUCCACUUAAUGAGAUUGUUGCUAUCAAGGUUCUUGACUUGGAGAAGUGCAAUAAUGAUCAGGAUGGCAUCCGCAGAGAAGUGCAGACCAUGAGCUUGAUUGAUCACCCUAAUCUCUUACCAGCACACUGCUCAUUCACCGCUGGUCACUGCCUUUGGGUUGUGAUGCCGUACAUGGCUGGGGGAUCCUGCCUGCAUAUAAUGAAAUCCGCUUAUCCUGAAGGUUUUGAAGAGCCUGUCAUUGCUACUUUAUUGCGUGAAGUUCUUAAAGCUCUUGUUUAUCUUCAUGCACAUGGGCACAUUCACAGAGAUGUGAAGGCUGGGAAUAUUUUAAUUGAUUCUAAUGGUGCUGUCAAGUUGGCAGACUUUGGGGUAUCAGCAUGCAUGUUUGAUAGUGGAGACAGACAGCGUUCAAGAAAUACUUUUGUUGGAACUCCUUGUUGGAUGGCUCCAGAAGUUAUGCAGCAACUGCAUGGUUAUGACUUUAAAGCAGACAUCUGGUCUUUGGGAAUAACAGCUCUUGAACUUGCUCAUGGCCAUGCCCCAUUUUCCAAGUAUCCACCGAUGAAAGUUUUGUUGAUGACCUUGCAAAAUGCUCCUCCUGGCCUUGACUACGAAAGGGACAAGAGGUUCUCAAAGUCUUUCAAGGAGAUGGUAGCUACUUGCUUGGUGAAGGACCCAAAGAAACGUCCAGCAUCCGAGAAGCUUUUGAAGCACCAUUUUUUUAAACAUGCACGCUCCUAUGAUUAUCUUGUUCAUACCAUUCUGGAUGGCCUUGCUCCAUUAGGUGAAAGGCUGCUAAAGACAAAAGAAGCUGAUCUUCUUGUACAGAAUAAAGCUCUCUACGAGGACAAGGAGCAAUUAUCACAGCAAGAGUACAUAAAAGGAAUCAGUGCCUGGAAUUUCAACCUAGAGGACUUGAAAAGUCAGGCUGCACUUAUACAAUAUUAUGAUGAUGUGUCAAAUGCAGAAGAUCAAGAUGGAAGCAUGAAGCAAAUGGAAAGGUCUGAUGUAGAGGGAUUAUCAGAAGAGAGGAUGUCCCCAGAAACAGUUACUACUUCCAUUGCUGCAGCUAGCCAGGAGGACAGGCUAGGUCUCCAUGAUUUGGAGGGUUCUCUCGCUUCAUUUCCUAUUCAACCUCUCCAAGCUCUCAAAGGCUGUUUUGACAUUGGUGAAGAUGAUAAGGGUGCAAACGGUUCAAAUGGAAAAGGUUUUACCGGAUCAGAAAGUGAACAAUUAAUUAUAAAGUCAUCAAGAGCCAUGGACCAAAAUGCUGGAAAGAAUGAGGGCGAGGAUUCUAGGCAAAGUAGCUCUCUACCACGUCAGGCCAUUCCAGAGUAUAAAACGUUUAGUGGUUCACUAAUGCCUGAUAACACCUUUUCUUCUAGAAAGGUUACAGGAGAUGAGGACAGGAACUUUCCGCAGCUUAAAUUUCAAUCUGACCGCAACUACAGUGGUCCAUUGUAUCGCCAGAGGAGAGAAACAAAUAAUACUGACAAUGCAUCGGAGAGUGCAGUCGUUCAGCGGGGACGCUUUAAGGUGACUUCAGCCGAUCUCAGUUCUAAGGGGGCUACAAACUGCAUUUUUAGCCCAUCUACUGGAGGUCCAUCUCCAAAUGUUACAGCUAGUGCAAUUCUCUCAUCUCUACAAUACAUUUUGCAACAGAACACUGUGCAAAGGGAAGAACUUAUUAGACUGAUCAAAUACUUGGAGCAAACUUCUGGUAAGCUUGGAGACUUGACAGAGGUUGGCACCAAUGAACUUUUGCAGUUGGAGCAACAUAGCAUGGGGUUACUGAUACCACCUUCUUCUGCAAGGGAGAGAGAACUGCAAUCUCUGCUGUUUCAGCUGCAACAGAGAAUCGGGGACCUUGCCGGGGAAUUGCAAAAUCAAAAAGUAAAAAACUUGCAGUUAGAGAAACAAUUACAUGCUUUGGGCAACAACAAAGUUUGAAGCAAUAGGAGCUUGCAUGAAUGUAUUACUUCGCAUGAUAUCUAUCUGGCCGCCCCUUGGCAUCGAAAUGACUGACUUGAACCUACUACAACAGUACUUUGAUGUAGUAUAGUGCUGGGGCUGGGCUACUAUCCAAUUCACCUAAGAUGUAGUUGUUCCACUUCUAUCUGCUAUUCAAAAGGCUAGACAUGUUGACACCCUGUUCUCUGCAUUUAAAGAAAGAUUGGAGAGUUUGGAUAAUAGAGGGAGCGUGGAGUCUUCUACAAACCUAAAUCAUAUUAUUGACCUUGUCCUUGACAAUAUCAGCUCCUCCGAAGAGGCCCUUGUCCCUUCCAUCAUCCCCAUCCCCUGGAGGGAGAGAUUAUACAACUCUGUUAAUAGCUUGCUGUCUUGGACCUUGUUGACUCAGAGUUCCUUAUAGACCCCUGUUAUCAAAGGUGUUAGAGAUGAAAGAGCAUAAAUUACUGACAAGAUACAUGGUCUUAUGAGAAAUCCUUUUUCUCCUUUCAACUUAUCUCUCUUUUUAUGUAUUUUUGUGAUAGGCUUAAUGGGUAUAAAUUAUAUUGAAUUUUUUUAGUA